CCUGAUAUUGCCCACCUCAUUGAUGCUUGGCAUGUUGCCAAAGGGCUGAAAAAGAAGCUGCAGGCUGUCUCCCGGUCACGGGGCUGCGGUGUGAUUGAGAAGUGGGAGACCUCCAUCAUUAACCACUUCUACUUUUCGGUGAGGAUAGCUGCAGCAAGAGUGAUGACCGCUGAAAGAAGAGGCGAGCUCGCGGUAGCCAUCUGGCUGUCGCUCCUCAACCACAUCCAGAACAAGCACUGUGGCCACAGCAAGGAAUAUGCCAACUGCGAGCAUGGGGACCUCUUGCCUAGAAAGUGGAUUUUUCCAGGUACUGAUGCCUUUGACAAACUGCGCGGCAUAGUGGAAAAUAAUCGCCUGCUUCUAGACAUCAAGCAGGUGUCACCAUCAUUCCAAACAUCAAGUUUGGAAUCCUUCCAUUCUGUCCUGAACCGGUUUGCUCCAAAGAGCUUCACAUUUUCUUUUCAUGGGAUGCUGGCAAGAUAUGAAAGUUAUGUUGGGCUUCUUCUUGAAAUCGUGAACGAGGUUUUGGACAGUGGCAGUUUCGGUGAUUCGCACGUCACAACUUUGCCUACGCCACCGCCACUUACAAGCUCUUUUGGACCAGUGGACAAGGCUGCGCUAGUGCGGGGUCACCUUUCAAGGAAAUCGUCGUCGCUGGACGACGAAAACGAGGACGACGAUGGCGAGGACAUGGCAAACCACGUGCAGGCGCAGCAGACGAACUAG